AUGGCGCUCCUGGAACAGUUGAAUCCGACAGUUGUUUACACAGCAGCUAUUGCAUUUCUUCUAUUCAAGUUCGUUAUUUACCCUUCCCUGCUCUCCCCCCUUGCCAAGAUCCCCGCAGCACGAUGGCACGCCCGGUUCAGCCCUCUGUUCAGCUGGUACAUCAAAUACUACAAACUCGAGAAUAUCACCGUCUUCACGCUUCACCAGAAAUAUGGGCCCAUCGUCAGGCUUGGACCCAAGGAGCUAAGCAUUAAUUGCUAUGAAGGAGGUCUCAAGACUGUCUACACCGGUGACUUCCCCAAGACGGAAUUCUACCCUCGGAGCUUUUCGCAUUAUGGUCUGCCCAACAUGAUUGCGCACACAGACAGCAACCGGCACGCCGUAAAAAGGAAGAUGCUCUCCAAGGUCUACUCCAAAUCUUACGCCUUGAGCAGUACUACCAGGCGCGUGACCACAUUGGCCGUCCUGUUCGAUCGCCUGGUACCAUUUCUACAAGCCAAGGUCGACGCCCAACAGCCAGUGGAGAUUCUAAAGCUGAGCUACGCAUACUCCAUGGACUCGUUCAUGACGUAUCAGUUCGGUGUCUCGGAGGGCAGCAACGCCAUUCUUGAUGAAUCAUUCUUGAAUUGGUAUCUCGAUAACUUCUUUGCCCCCCGACCCUGGGCUUUCUGGAUCAUAGAGCAGCCCAAUAUUGCCAAGUUUCUGAGUUAUUUUGGCAUCCGUCUCGUACCCAAGAAGGCUGCUGAUGCUACGAACGCGCUUGAGGCAUGGCACCUUGAGGUUUGUGACCGUUCGGAAAAGGCUCUUCAAAACUCAAAUGAUGGAGACGAGCUUGAGGCUUCUGACUAUCCCAUUGUGUAUAGCACGGUGCGCAGCAAGCAUCGGGAAUUGGACGCCAAGUCAGGCUAUAAUGCCAAAGAGAAGCAGGUUUAUCCCCGUCGUCUCGAGCUGGCAAGCGAAAUGUGCGAUAAUGUCGCCGCCGCCUUUGAAACAAGUGGCAACACCAUCACAUGGCUCACGUACGAGUUGUGUCGUCGCCCUGAAUUCCAGACUCGUCUUCGCGCCGAGCUGGCUACUCUUUCGCAACCUAUCGACGACGUGGACUUGUCUGCUGCUAGCGAUGCAUUCCCCGACUUUAAAGAUCUUGAUAGCCUCCCAUUCCUCGACGCCAUUUUAUACGAGACGAUGCGUCUAUGGCCUGCUGCGCCUGGCUUCCAGCCCCGCCAGACGCCUUCCGGAGGUGCUGUCCUUGCAGGUUAUCAUAACAUCCCCGGCGGUGUCCGCGUUCAAGCAAGCGCCUACAGUCUGCACAGAAACAAAGAGGUCUUCCCAGAACCAGAGACCUGGCGACCUGAUCGCUGGCUGGAAGCAACUCCUGACCAGCUUGCGGAGAUGCGCCGCUGGUUCUGGGCCUUUGGAAGUGGAAGCCAUACAUGUCUGGGUAACCACCUCGCCAUGUUGUCCAUGAAAGCUGCAAUUGCUACAAUAUACAGUCGCUAUCAUUCGGUCAUUUACGACGCCGAGGGUAUUGAGCAAGAUGAUGGGUUUGUAGCCGGCCCUAAGGGGCAGAAGCUUUGGGUGCGGCUAAGACCUUGGGACACGCCACUGUGCUCAUGA